CCGGAAUAGGGAACGUACACUGGACGGGACGUAGAAAUCGCUUUCCAUUCGCCAAUCGGAUUCUGUCCCACUGCCCAAGCGUUUCGAGAUCCGCUCGUUCAUUUUUCAGAGCGAAGAAGAGGCUUCUCAAAACAACAAACCAACCCCCGUUGUGCGUGUAGCUGUGUGUGUGGUUGUGUAUUUAUAUAUCGCGUACCAUAUAGCGCUACAAACUCGACAACCCUUGGGGCCACCAGAGGAGACACCAGUGUGCAGCGAUUAGUGGUUGUACGUCGGUUCGCGGUCGCUCUUGAGUUUUCAUCAACUUUAGCUUCCUCCGUUUGGCGUGCGUGAUUUCCAUUUUUCGGGUUAGCUGGUUAGCCGAGACUAAAGAAUCGGUAUCGUUGAACAAUCCCCUAAACUCGGUCGGGAAGAAAAAAGCGAAAAAAAGACCCCAUACGCACACAUACACCCACCCGCAACAAACGCAUCCACAGCAAGCACUACCACCAUCGCCAUCACUAACAACGCUAGAGCGUCGAGUACAUUGCGUGCGCGAGUGUGUGUGUGUACCGGGUGCCGCACGGAUUUUGUUUGUCCGGAAAAUCUCCCAAUCCGCUAACCGAACAGCAGCCUGCUGGGUGCCCGGUCGGUCACCGAAGAUGUUUGCCUGCCCGUGCCUGAACGUGUCGAUAGCCGUAAACGAUGAGAGCACCAUCCCCAGCAGUACAACCACCGCCGACCCCGGACGAGUGACGCUGAAGAACGGAAUUAUCAUGGUGCGGCCACCAGCGGCCGUAAUUGCCGAGCUUGUGGAAGGAAAAUCCCGCGAGCUGGCCAGCUUCUUCCAGGAGUCGAUUGGACCCCUGCAAGAUGCCACCGUGACCAUACAGCUGACAAAGAUGCUAAAGACUAUCCCGUGCGAUGGCUGGAACGUGUGCAAAUGUCAGAACUGUGAUUCCGUUGUCUUUGCCCGCGAUUCUUCCAACUCGGCAACCAUCCUGAUCAAUGGGACACUUGCGAUCACCGCUGACGAAGUGAACCGACGCAAAGGGCAGGAAAAUUAUUCUCCCGCGUUCAGGAUCGUGCUCGAUGGUCGGGCGGCCGAUUUUCGCGGCUUUUACCGCAAGGACCAGUACCGCACCCUGUUUACGGCGGCGGCCAACACGCUCGACAGUACGAACGAUCCAAACGAGCUGCUCGUAUCGUUGCGCGCGUUUAUGCUUACCGAAACGCAGUCGGCCAACGAACGGAUCGCCCGCGUCACGCAGGAGCUGAACGAGCAGCUGAGCCAUGUGCGCGAUCGGGCGGAGCAGGACUACCUGUUCCUCGCGCAAACAUUCGUACCUGAACUACUGGCUAGUAAGAGCGGCGAUCAGCAGAGCACCGGGACCGCCACUAGCCCGACGACGGAGAAAGCGUUGCAGCCGCUACUGACGAACCUCGGUACACCGGGUACACCGGCAGCGGAUGUAGCGGACAGUCACCUGGAAACGCCACCCGCGACACCGGAGUGUAUGCCGAUGUCGACCGGUAACAGUCCACCGUCGAUCGUAAACGGUAACGGGGCGUCGAUCAGCCCGGACCAAACGGCCGGUGCCGUGCCCACCGGUGCGGAUACGCACGGCUUCCAGCCGGCUGCCGGCAAUCAGCGGCCACCGAUGCAGCUGAGCAACAGUGCCGCCAAUACGAUCAACAACAAUACUACGAACAGCAACCAAGGUGCCAUUAGCAAACCACCAACUCAGCAGCAACAUUCCAUGAGUACAAAUCUCUUUGCCAAUCACGGCAAUACCCUGGGGGCGGCCACAACGGUACCAGGGCUCGCCGGCAGUGUCGGCAACCUAACGGGCGCUACACAUAGAUUUAGCAGCAACGUCCAUCAACGACCACAGCAGCAGCCGCAGCAGCAGCAGCAGACGAUGUUCGAUUCGGACUGUAUGUUCGAAAUUGAUGGUAUGGAAAAUGACAAAACGCCACCACCGGAUGAUAUUUCUGACGAGGAGCAUUCAGAUUAUGAUGAUAUACCCGAUAACAAUAAUCGAGCGGAAGGUGGCAUAUUCAUCCCACGCCAUCAGUACGGACGCCAGACCAGCUCGAUCGCGAAAAGUCUUCCGAUUUCAAUGCCGAAAAUGAUGGCCCCGUUCCGGGCGAACGAAGAUGAUCUCGAUGAGAUGGUGGAAGAUACGGUCGAUAUUGCGGCCAGUAUCAAGGCGCUUGCCAAAAGUGUACACGGCGAAGCGGUGUUUGGCGAUCUUCCACGUCGGCAAAUUCAAAAGUUCACCUCACAGAUAUGAGCGUGACGCGCGCAGUGGCGGGAUCUCACCUUUACCUUCCUGCUGUUGCUGUGGGCUCGUGGGACACUCUCUACAACCUGUUGUGGCCGAACUGGUGACAGCCGACAAAGGAUACAAUACGAUCCGGCUCAUCGUGAUAUACAGUUAGGCGCACGUAUGUGCGCUUAGUACACUGCAAAUUAAUCCCCCACCGACUCCCUGCUAUGAGUCGUCUUUCGGUCAUUUUGCUAUCGUUUUGGGGUAUUUUUUUUUCUUUCAAUACUAAAUUUAAGACUUUUUUUUUUUGCAGAAAAAGGAUACAUUUUUUAAUGCGUUUUACGUUUAGUUUUUGUGUGAAGCGUUAACAGAAGAUAGGUAGUGCGCCGCGCUCUGCCCACGAAAUAUUAGAUUCGCAAAACUUCAGUCAGAUGAAUUCUACUCGAACUGAACUCGAAUGUACGAGUUUGAAGAAUGUUUUUUUUUCUUUCUUUGUUUUCUCUCCUUCAUCUAUUUGCGUUUUAUCGAAUGAUGCAGAACUUUUGUGUAAAGCGAAGCAAACGAACUAUCCUGAAGUAUGAACUUUGUUUUGAAAGUUGAACUAAAAUGAUCGGUUUGUUCCACACUGCUAUUCACUGCGCGGCUACUACGAAUGGGUCGUGUCUUGGGUGCGUAGUACAGGAAGGUGCGUAAUUUAAUCGCCCAUCAUCUUAAGCGGGUACUUCCUCGGUUAUCACUAGUUAUUGACCAGAGUGGUGUCAACAGUCUCCCUCCCCCCCCCCCAAAAAAAACAUGAUAGCAUGUACGUGAGAAUAAUUGCAUACUUUCAGGCAUUGCAAACCCUUGGCACAAACCGUCACCACCGUGCUGUCUGCUUCUUUUUAGUUAAAACUUUUACCAUUCAAUGCAGUGUACUAUUACUACUACAUAGUGACUAUCGGUUAAUUUUUUAAGUCGUUACAAUAUUAGUGUUUAAUGGAAGGAGCGUAAUGCUGUAUGAGAGAGAGAGAGAACGUGCAAAACAAAAGCGGGAAAACGCAAUGCUUCGAAAGGAUCACAAUCAGAAAAGCUAAGAUAAGCAAACAGAGAGGUCAGAAAGAAGCAAGCGUGUUACAAUCAGGAGAUAACGAUAACGAAAUAACAGCAACACCGGAUCAUUGCAAACAAAAAAACAAUAACGGUCGACCAUUGCAAUAUUCAGACGCGAUCGGUUGAGGAUUGUUUCUUGUUUUUUUUUGUUGUUGGGAGGAAAAGCUUUUCCACCAAUCUCAAAUGCAUCGCGACUCUCGGGGUAAGGGCUCGGAACGGCAAAAAAAACCUUCUGUAAGAGGAGGUUUCGUCGCUUGUGGAAACAUCCACGCUACUCCCAAUUUGCCAUGUUUUCAAGUACAAUUCAUCCAUGUUAUUAUCUA